AUCAGUGCGCACCAUGGGCCAACAGCCAUUCCACCACCAAUCGAAAAAAAUCGUUCAGAGAAGACAGACGUUUGAACGGAUGAUCCGUGCGCGCGUAAAUUGAAAGUGGAAACAAGCAAGAGAGAGCAACGGAUCCGAUCUCUCACUCUCGUGCUGGUGCUCGCGAUCGCGCUCGCGCCAGAAAAAGUUUUACCAAUCAAGUUUUUUAUUUCGCAAUAAAACAAAAACAAAAAAACAAAACUUCAACCUAGUUAAAGUUAAUGUUGCUGUUGUAGUGAACUUUUGUGCUGUGCAUGUGCAUGGAAAUUGGUAUUCGGUGUUGGUAGUUGUGGAACUGUAUGUGUUCGUUGGAUGGUUUCUUUCGUUGCGUCGCAGAGGAAGAAGAAAAGUCGCGUAGUGGAACCAGGAAAGCCCCCCCUCAAAAAAAAAUAAAAGAAAUUAUAUUUCCCAUCGAAAGUUGCAAAAUAUCCGAAUCCGAAAGUGUAUCAAAUAUGAUCAACAGAAACCUUUACAUUCCGAAAGCCAAGUGAAUGUUGAAAUCGAAAGUUGUGGGUGGUGACCAGACCAGACCAGACCAGAUCAGUAUGAAUAUAACCAAUAGAAAGGAUUAGAACGUGACUAAUACAACAAUCCGUGUAGAGAUCGUGAAAGUGUUUACCCACAGAUCUGCUUGGAUCUUCCCCACCCACCCACGAAAUUCGUUUUGGAUUAACUAACUGCUGAAAACAAACUUAAUGAAAGAGUUUCAAAGAAUGUUGAUGUUGCAAUAUAGCAAGCAUGGCGAGUGCAUACUCAAAGAAAUCGGAGCAGCCUUCAGAGGGGAGCACCCAGCAGACCUGACCAUAGUCUGCGAGAACAAAGUGAAGCUGCAUGCCCAUAAACUGGUCCUGGCAGCAGCCAGUCCUCUCAUCAGGACCCUCCUGGAGGACACCCACUUGAGCGACUGCUCUACCACCGUUUACUUUCCCGAUGUGAAUGCAACCUAUUUUAAAUUCCUGCUGGACUUUCUGUACUCCGGCCAGACUUGCAUCACAUCCAGGGAUGUGAACUAUUUACACGAUCUGCUGUUGCUGCUGCAAAUCAAGUCAGACAGCUGGAAGACCACCGACUCUGCCUAUCUGAACAGCAAGUGCGGCAGCCUGCGGGAGCGAGCGGACAGGCGGAAGCAGCAGUUCGCCUCCCCCCAAAAUCUGGAGCCCGAUCAGACGCUAAAGUAUGAGGUGGACAGCGUUGAUGAGUCGCGUCAUGCGGCCGAUUUCUCAGUUGCCUACAACUCGGGGGAUAACUGCGAGAGCGCCACCGAGUGCGACCGUAGUGGUGGCAUUCACAAGGACGAGGACGAUGACGACUGCACCCACAAGGACAACAAAAGCGACAAAGACACCGAUGAAAUUGUAAAUCUCUCGAAUGCCCCACCAAGCGGAACUAGCGGUAGCAACAGCAACAUCAGUAGCAGCAGCAACCACCACCACCAGCACCACCACCACAACAACAACAACAAUAACAAUAAUAACAGCAGUUCAGCUAUAAAUCCCGUCAACCUAUCACUUGACCUUCGGACGAAAAGCGAGAACUCCACAAGCCGAACCCAUGGAUCCGGAUCAGACCACAGUGGCAUCGAUCUGGCGGUGAACGCCAGCGAGAGCACAAAACGCAAAGGACUAUUCUUCGACUCACACAAGGACGUAAUGAAACCAUUAUCCGAUGGCUCCGACAUUAACAGCUCGCCGGAAAACUAUGUCGUUACACCGCAUCGAAAGCGACGGCCGGGAUUCCAUAACACACAGAGUGACAACCAACCGUUCACCUCGUACCAGCACAAUUUCCUCGAGGAGCUCCGUCUGGUCAAGUCAACGACAUCGCCCAUCUCCGGCUUCGGCUCGGAGAAGAACAUGUUAUCCCACCUGGAGGACGGAGCUCUAAACGGAGACACUCUGACGCCGGACCGAAAACAGCUAUUGGAGGCGCAACGGAAUCGCGCCCAGAGCCCAGAGAUGCCCAUGCAUCUGGGGCCGCAGUUUGUCUAUCAGUGGCAAUCGAAUCAGAAUGCCGCCAUGUCCGCAAUGCCCAAUCUGCAGUCGCGACUCUCUAGUCUGUCGCACAUUAGCCUGAACCUUGACCAUCCGGAGGGCAGAAGUGGUUCCGCUUCCGGUUCGGGAUCAGGAUCAAACCUUGCCGGCAGCAACACACACGCCUCGUCGGUGCGAGAGUACCGCUGCGAGUACUGUGGCAAGCAAUUCGGUAUGUCCUGGAAUCUGAAGACCCAUCUGCGUGUUCACACCGGCGAGAAGCCGUUUGCCUGCCGCCUCUGCGUGGCCAUGUUCAAGCAAAAGGCCCACCUGCUAAAGCAUCUGUGUUCGGUCCAUCGGAAUGUCAUUACCACAACCAACGGGGCGGAUACGGAAAAUCGUUACAGUUGCUGUUUCUGCUCCAUGUGCUUCGAAUCGGUCCAGGAGCUGGUACGCCACCUGUCCGGCCACCACAACAACCUGCUGCUGACCAAGAACCUGCGCGAAUAGCGAAUAGCCAACCGAUCAUCCGAGUAUCCGAUCUGUCCGAUCCGCCGGACGGACCACUGCAAAGAGACCUGAAUUUUAAAUAUAUACAAUAAUACAAUCGUACGGUAACAGUAACAGAUUUAAUUGCCUAUUGUAUAAAUAUGUAAAAUGUACAUUUAAAUCAUAAGUUUACCAACACAUUCACGCGACUCCGCUCGAUAAUAUAUAUGUACAUAUAUAUAUAUAUAUUUCACCUAACCAACGGCAUGGAGCUCCAGAUCCGAAUCCGCAUCUGCAUCCUACGAUGCGCACGGGAGGCCAAUCACGUUGUUUUCUCAUUUAAAUUUUAUUCGACAUUCAAUACUACCCCCAUUCAAUCAAUACUUCCACUACUACUACGACCCCCAAUCUUUUUAAAACGGCUGGUCCAUUUCAUAGUGGAGCAAUUAUAUUUUUAAGGAUAUUUUUAUACGCAAGGUAUUGUAAUUUCUAUUGUAUUUCCAAAAUGUCUUACAUGAACUUCAUUACCGAAAUUUUUGAAUACUUUUUUGACACACACACUUUUUUCAUGUUAAGAUUUCACACAUAUUCCCUCCUAAGCCGCCAAUAAAAGUGUAAAUUGUACAGUAUAAAUUGGCAUGCUCGCAAAACAAACAAACAAAAAAAAGAAAAGAAUCAGAAAAGCAUUUCCGUUUUGUUUAUACUUUUUUCAAGCAAUUUUUUAGAAAUAUAUUUUAUGUUAAACCGAA